AUGAACAGCAGAUCCCACCCCCUGCUGGAGCAGGUACCACUCACCGUGUCUCCCUUCAUCAAACUCCCACAGGCGACAACGCUCCCAUAUACCUACCGCGCCAUGCCCUCAUCGCUGCCACCCUCAUCCACCAGCGGCAACCCGAGCACCGACGACCAUCAGCAACAGACCGACAAGCCGCGGUACGUUGUCUCAGGGACGGGCCACGCCGCACACCCGGACGACAUCGUGGCGUCGUGCCGCGCGCUGCAGGCCCACGUGGCAAAGCUGCAGUCGGACGCCGAGGCCGAGCUGCGGGCGCUGGACGAGCGGAUUCGGGCGCGCGAGCUCGCCGAGAAGAGGCGCGUCGCACCCGGCUGGCUAGACAGCGAGGCCAGGAUCCUCGAGCCGGAGCGCAAGCUGGCAGACGGGAUGGAAGGGCUGAGUUUGCGUCCUGGACCGGGGCCCGGGCAGGAGGGCGGGCCGAGCGAGAUGGCGGCACCGGAUCACGAUGACCCUGGGGCCGAGCUUGAUAGGGUGUUUGGGGGCAAAUGA